CAAAAUAGAGAAAUUUUUGGCAAAUUUAAUUUCAUCAGCUCUUAAAAAUGAAGAGAAAACGCUUAAAUCUAUUUGAAUCUAUUCUUUGAAAGACUGAUUGUUUUUGGACGUUUUUUCCAGCAUAGGACUUGGGGAAAUUUCCCUAACUGAAGAAUCGCCUUUUUAUGCUGCGUUUCUCCCUGGGUCUGACCUCUUCAAACAGCGGACUGCCCGGUGCGCACACGUUACGCACACAUGUCUAACUAAUUGAGUUCCGUUUCACUCGACAUGUUAAUUCGUUUACACCGAACAGCUCGUUUUUAUUUAACCACGAGGACUUUAGUUUAAUGGAGCGUGGACUGGUGUGCUUAAUGGCAGGUAAGCUUGGUUGAAGACAACAGUUGGGAUGUAUGUGUAAUGAUUGUCCUUGUCACCAGUGUUCAUAUUUUACGUGACAAAGACUAAAUGGGGCCUCUUAAUGUGUACAUUUAGAAGCCACAAUUGCACUUUUUACUUUUUAAAAAGAUUUGCAUAGGUAAUUUUGGGGCGCGGUCUGCUAAAGUUGGACACGCCUAACACAAAUUCUAAUUGACACCACAAGCUAGCUAAACGUCAAUUAUUAGUUAAAAUACUUUUUAAAAUACAAGGAGUUUUGUGCUAUAUGUGUGAUAGCCUAAUAAUAAUUUAUCUCUAAUAAAGCGCUAUCACCGGAAAUUCCCACCCGAUCGCAAUAGAAGGCUUGGAAGCGGCGUAUCGCCUCCUCACGCGAACUGGAAAUCACUCGCAUCUACAGACAGGUGAAAAUACACAUUCGGAGUAACUUUUAAUAUGUCAUAAUUACAUUUGAAACCUUGUUUAAACUUUAACCUAGAUACAUAUGGGGGAAAAAAGGAUUAUAUAGUUUUUAGAGCCUCCAACCGGUGCAGCUCAAAUCGCACGCUGCUAGUUACCGACUUUGUUGUAACAUUCUGUCCCCCCUUUUUUGAUAAUUUUGCCUUUGAUAAGUGAGAAUCGAAUCUGUCUCUCCUUGGAAGUUAUUAUAGAGCCUUCAACAAUAUAAAAGUAACUGUUUUGCGUCUUCGCACAACAUUUUCUUUGUUUUUAUUGUAGCCUACACUUUUUACCGGUUCGUUAUUCAAUGAAAAGUGGCAGCCUUUUUCGCGGAGAGCAGAGAUACGGAUCCUCCGAUUCACCUGUCUUUGCAGUAGUAUUUAACAGGUGAGCACAUAUAGUCGCAGGCAAACAGAGAGUGUUUGCCAAGGGCAUUGAUUUGAGCAUGGUCAGUUCUGUUCAAUUAUUGUCAAACCGCGGGGCAGUCGAAAGGAAACACGAACAGAAUCUACUGCCAGUUGACAGCUUUGUGUAAACAGUGAAACCAAUGGUGCAGCAGGGUCACAUGGUCACGGUGGCACACCUAUGAGGCCCUAGAACGGCGCCAGACACUCAGACUGCAGGUAGAGCAGAGGUCCUGAUCAGGGGCAGGGCGCUGGCUCAUGUGCUCGUGUACAGCACGGUUUCCCCGGUCUGUGGCAAUCAUGAAUCGGGAAGAGCACUAUUACCCACCUAACCAUCUGUACAAGGACUCUUGCGCCUUCCAGAGACACCCCAGCGAAGACUACUGCCAAAACCCUCCACCGUGUCUCUAUAUGAGUAGACAGACUCAGUCCGUCUACGCCUCGCCGUCCUUGGGCGCACAGGACCAGCCAAAUCUUACCGACAUUACCUCUUAUAACAUGUCGACCCGGGAUGAUCUAGCAGGGCCUCAUCUUCACCUUCCUCAGACUCCACAGACAUCUCUACAGACGCUCGGGGGUUACGGAGACUCUCUUGACCUGUGCGGGGAUCGGAACAGAUAUCAUCUCCCAUUCCCCUGGAUGAAGUCAACUAAAUCUCACACGCACGCCUGGAAAGGACAGUGGACAGGCCCUUACAUGGUAGAGGCCGAGGAGAACAAGCGCACGCGGACAGCUUACACCAGAGCUCAGCUGCUCGAGCUCGAGAAAGAGUUCCUCUUCAACAAGUACAUUUCUCGCCCACGCCGCGUGGAGCUCGCGCUCACCCUCAGCCUCACCGAGAGACACAUCAAGAUCUGGUUCCAAAACCGACGCAUGAAGUGGAAAAAGGAGGAGGACAAGAGGAGAGCCAGAGGAGUGGACCCCGAACAGGAUUCCUCCAUCACGUCCGGGGAUUUGAAGGAUGAGUCGUGUGUCGCCCCGGGAACUGUAGCGGGACCCCCCUCACCCCUGCACACACAUGUACCUCCAGUUCCACAAGACUCGUAAAACACACACUGUCCAAAAGAGACAUCCGAGACUGUAUCAUCAAUGCAAUCUAUCAGCCUGUCAGUGCCAUCGAUGAGUGGAACUGUAAGUGUGCAACCAGUACCGUAUUGUGACAUUCCACUCUCACAGUGACAAUGACAACAUUUGGUCAAAUCCUGUAUAUUGGCAGUAGGGGGCGAUCAGUUGCGUGAGAGACAAAGCUUCUGUAGAGUCAAUUUCGUGUUUUCUGUGUAGGCUAAUCGAAAUUCAGCACGCCAUUGAAACACCAAAUGUUCAUUAUCAAAUAUAUUCUUGGGCAUUGUUAAAA